GUUCCUGACAGAGGAUUUACUUUCAGAGGCCCUGCUAAGGAUAACCAAAAAAGGGCAUGUAGCAAGACAGUUUUGGCAGCUUGCAAGAAUUUUCGGAGCUUUUUAGGUCUUGGUUUUCUGAUGAGUGGCUUCCUGAGCAUGCCUAGGGAAUGACAGGCAUCUCUGCAGGCAGGCUGAACCCACCUUGGCUUGUGCGUAGUCAUUGGCUGCCUAUUAGAAUAAAUUGAGGACAAUGCAUACUGCUGCCUGCCAAUUGUAAACAUAAGGGAUAUGUAUUCACUUAGCAUUGACUUUUGGGAGGGGCCAAGGAAAGGCUGCAGUUUUAUUGAAUAGGGCUGUGUGUGAGGCUGCUGGUGUGCCUUUCUUGCUGCGCUCCUGCUCAAGCAGCCAGUUAUUCAUUUCCUUCCUACUAGCUGAAAACUUUGCACCUCAGAGUGCCUGUGGUAAUCCUUUGGUUACUCAAAGAAUCCCUUGUGAGCUGAAGAGGCAGCAUCUUCCAGGCUCAGGGACAUCGUAACUGUGAUCACCUCUUGUUUCUGCAGUCAUCAUUUUGAAUUCAUCAGCAUCUGGUUUGUUACUGAAAGGUUCAGAAUAUUUCCUCUGAUUACCUUCCUGUUUGGAUCCUUCCAGAGCUCUGAACACUUGAACACCCACCAUGGAUGACUUUGAACGCCGCAGAGAACUCAGGAGGCAAAAGCGUGAGGAAAUGCGCCUUGAAGCAGAGAGGCUGUCCUACCAGAGAAAUGAUGAUGAUGAUGAAGAAGCCGCCAGAGAACGUCGCCGACGGGCUCGACAGGAGAGGCUGCGGCAAAAGGAAGAAGAAGAUCUAUCAGGGGAUGUAACAGAGAAAUCAGAAGUUAAUGCUCAGAACAGUGUGGCAGAAGAUGAAACCAAACGUACAACCACAAGGGGAACAGAUGAUGAAGCUGCAUUGUUGGAGAGACUGGCAAGACGUGAGGAGAGACGCCAAAAACGUCUACAGGAAGCCCUGGAACGUCAAAAGGAAUUUGACCCAACGAUCACAGAUGGGAGUUUGUCAGUGCCCAGCAGGAGAGAAGUAAACAAUGUGGAAGAAAAUGAGACCACAGGGAAAGAGGAAAAGGUUGAAACACGCCAAGGACGCUAUGAGACUGAGGAAACGGAAACGGUUACCAAGUCAUACCAAAGGAACAACUGGAGGCAAGAUGGGGAAGAAGAUGAAAAAAAAGAAGAAAAAGACAAGGAGGAAGCACAGGAGGACAAACCAAAGGAGGUACCCAUAGAGGAAAAUCAGGUAAAAGACAAGGAUAAAGAAAAAGCACCCAAGGAGGAAAUGAAAAGUGUCUGGGAUCGUAAAAAAGGAGUUCCUGAACAAAAGGCACAGAAUGGAGAACGUGAACUCACUUCCCCCAAACUUAAAUCUACUGAGAAUGCUUUUGGCCGCUCCAACUUGAAGGGAAUUGCGAAUGCAGAGGAAGCGAAGGCAGGGUCCCAGGUAGAGGCUGGAAAGCGGCUAGAUGAUCUGCGCCGUCGCCAGGGUGAGAAUGAGAAAGAGGACUUCGAGAAGCUGAAGGAGAAACAGCAGGAGGCAGCUGUGGAGCUGGAGGAACUGAAGAAAAGGCGGGAGGAGCGCCGGAAAAUCCUGGAGGAAGAGGAGCAGAAGAAGAAGCAGGAAGAGGCUGAGAGAAAAGCCAGAGAGGAGGAGGAAAAGAGGAGGAUGAAGGAAGAAAUUGAAAGGAGAAGGGCUGAAGCUGCUGAGAAACGUCAAAAGAUGCCGGAAGAUGGUGUGUCUGAAGAAAAGAAACCAUUUAAAUGCUUCAGUCCUAAAGGUUCAUCUCUCAAGAUAGAGGAACGGGCAGAAUUUUUGAACAAAUCCGCUCAGAAGAGUGGUAUGAAACCCACCCAAACGACAGCAGUUGUCUCAAAGAUUGACAGUAGACUUGAGCAAUACACUAGUGCAGUUGUGGGCACAAAGGCUGCAAAACCAGCUAAGCCAGCAGCCUCUGACCUUCCUGUUCCAGCUGAGGGUGUCCGUAAUAUCAAGAGCAUGUGGGAGAAAGGGAAUGUUUUUUCAUCACCUUCUGGGGGGACAGGAGCAUCGAAUAAGGAAACUGCUGGACUGAAAGUUGGUGUCUCCAGUCGUAUCAACGAAUGGUUAACCAAGACCCCAGAGAGUAACAAAUCACCUGCUCCAAAACCUUCUGAUUUAAGACCAGGAGAUGUGUCCGGCAAACGUAAUCUCUGGGAGAAGCAGUCAGUUGACAAGCCAGCUGCAUCUUCUUCUAAGGUAACAGCAGCGGGGAAAAAAUCAGAGACUAAUGCAGGUUUGAGACAACUUGAGAAAGAACCGUAGAAGGCUACUAAAGACGCUGGACCAAUCAGUUGGGGAAAAAAAAAGAAAAGAAAAGAAAAAGUGCUAAAUUGUUCUUUUUAUAUUUAUGUUUAUUUACCAAAAUGUCUUUUUGCAUUAUCCCAGUUAAAACCAUGUAUAUUAGCACUGUAUUUAAUAAUCAGUCUAGACAUUCAUCAUAAUAGUACUGCCUUUGCACAAGAGCCUUUAUUCCUAAAGAAACCCAUGCUGUGAAAUAUAUAGACUCCUACUGAUAGUCAUAACUAACUAUAUAUCUGAACAGUGAUUUCAACUGGCAUAAGAGGUCAACCAAAAAUGCAUUUAAAAUGGAGUUGCUUAAGAAAGGUGUGCAGUAAACCUAUAAAAACAAUAGUUACUUUUGGAAUACAGAAGUCUUUCUUUCUGCACUUUAGACUAAGGCAUGGAAGAAAUAUCUUUAGUUGACAAUGUAAUAUUUUCUGUAAGUUGCCCAUGUCAUGAGAAAUACUGCAUCAAUAACUUGUUUUAAUUUUUUUUUGUUUUAUACUUUUUUUUAAGUUUCAAUUUUUCCAUUCUAGUUUAAGUUAAUACCUAAAUUUGGAUGAUUAUGUUAGCUGACAGCGGUACUGAUAUUUCUUUUUGUUGUUAGUGACUAGUAAUUGAUUGCAAUUUAGAAUAUAUACACACAUAGCUUUACAAAGUUUAGCCUAAAGGCACUACUAACGGUAGAAUGCUUUAAUACGUGCUAGAGUAUUAUAUUUAGUAAUAAACAUACAUAAUUAACCAAUAUCACAGCUUAAAAAAGAUAAAGACAAAAUCACACACUUUUCUAUAGUAAGAUUUCUUAAUUGCCAUUAGAGGUAUGGCGAGAUAAGUAUUAAAAAAUUUAAAUGUCAAUUGCCCAGUAAUGGGUAAUUAAAAAGAAAGUUAUAGUUUUUAAAAGAGGAAAAGGUAAUGGUAUAGAGGGUCAAAAAUAGGUCACUUGUAUAAAACAUUGUAGUUUAAUUUAUAUAAAACUACCAUAAUUAAAAAAUAAAAUAAAACUAAACACAGUUGGAGCUUGUUUCAAAUGACUGUACGCUAAAUCUUGCCAUUCAUCAGUGCUGUACACUAGGUCCACCCAAAAUGAAGUAAACCUCUAUCUUUGUACUGCUUCUUCUUAACUCUCUCUCCCGAAUAUCUUAUUUACAGAUGUUUUGAUUUGUAUAUAGUAAACACAUGGCUAUAAGACAUCAGCUUGAUUUGAAUUUACAUGCCAUAGAGUUUAGCAUUUACAUCCUACAGUGUAUGGGUGGCAUAAACUGAGCAACUGAAGUAGCCCCCGAGUGUGUUGUUAACAGCUUCGUCGUGCAUCAAAACUACCAGGCUCUCCCUUUCCACCGCUUCCAUCUCUUACAGCAUCUGACUUCUUCCUAGAGAGAAGAAAGUUAUAUUUUAACCCAAAGAUGAGCUCCCCUGCUUGGCCAAAACAUCUUGUUUACAUAUAGAGAUGCACAUAGUUGUCUGUAAGGGGUGAAACUGUGCCUGAUAUUGUCUAUGCAUUGUCAUGUUUUUUGUUUGGGGUUUUGUAAACACUCUUCUGAGUCUUUCAAAUACAUUUGAUAGUUGCAAUAAAAAUGAUUCAUUCAAACAAUGUAUUCUGAAACUGCAUCCACAAUAAAUGGAAUAUUUCCAUCAGCA